GAAUAAAAAUCUAUAUCAUCCAUAUUAAAAGUGUACAAGCGUGUGUAAUAUAAAUAGUAAGGUAAGAGAAAAGAAUAUAUAUAGUAUGUAUAUAUUGUAUACAAGACGGAAGAGUUUGUCGUUAGUGGUGGGGAUAGAUUAAGUGGGUAGAGAGGGGAGACUCGAGAUAUUCGGAUAGGUAGUAGGAGGACAAACGGUUUAGUAGAGAGUCGGACGUCCGUCGUGGUACGUCGUUUCUGCUUUGUCUCUCGCGUUUCUUUUUCUGUUUUUAUUUCUCACACUUUUUCUCUACACACAUACACACAUUCUCUCUCUCUCUCUCUCUCUCUCUCUCUCUCUCUCUCUCUCUCCCUUUUUCUCUUUCUAUAAUUUUUUAUUAAUUUUCGAUUACGUACGAAUUGUUUCCGUUCACUCGCAUACAUAUACAAACAUUAUCCGUCACCCACUCAUUAUUGCACGUAAAGAAGAAAAGGAUCGAAUUUUUGGAACAAUUUAUCUGCGUGUGCGUGUGCGUCCUGCGUGCAUUUGCAUCGUGUCGCGUCGUCGAGGAUGUGAAAAAAUAAAAAUAAAAAAAAGAAAGAAAGAAAAGGAAGAACAAAACUCGAAUUUGUUAUUUUUCAAUUCCAUGUGAACUAUAGAAGUGAUAUUAUUCUUUUCCAGGGAUGGUGGAAAAGGGUGGGAAAGAAAGAAAGAAAGAAAGAAAGAAAGAUAUAAAUAAAUAAAUAAAAAGAAAAAUGAAUUAAAAAUACGAAAAACGAACAAUAAGAAAGAAGAUAAACUAUCGUGGAGAAACAUUAUGAAAGAAUUUGAUUUAACGUUAAACGUAGCAUUAACGUAAGAAAAAUAAUAAUAUUGUCUUUAGAGAUUAGAGAUUAGAGUAUAGUAGUUCUCUUCUUAAUGACUCUUAUUCGUGAAUAAAUAGAUGUGUGUAAAACGAUCGAUUGAUCGUUUCCAGAGGCCAACGACUUUUUGCGAAGACGAUGAAGAGAACGACGAUAGGUAACGUCGUCGUAAAAGACGACAUUGUAACGCGUACGAGAAAUACACAGUUUGCGUGAUCAAGGUGUUGUGUGAAUUUUUGAUCAACUCUAUGAAUGUAUCUGUGCCCUAUGUAUGUAUAUAUAUAUAUAUAUAUAUACAUAGAUGGUACGUAUAGUUUUCCUUCUCCGUCGUUGUCAUUGUUAGUAUCGUAGUCCGUUGUCAGACGUAGUCGUAUCUCUUCUUCUUCUUCAUUUCUUUUCUCAUACACACAGACAAAACUAUUCAGUCAUUUAAGAUGCAGGAUGCACAAGAGCGAGAAUGGCGUAAGGCGUCGCAUUUAAAAUCAUCCUAUCUCGUGGAAAUGGAAAGAAAGGGAAGAAUUUAAAAUUUAUUUAUAUAUUUGUUCGUUAGAAUUUUUAUUUUCUUUUUUUUUUAUCUUUUUCUAUUUUUGCUUUUCUAUUUUUACCUUUUUUCUAUUUCUUUUUUUUUUUUUUUUUUUUCGAAAUCGUUCGUAUCCAACAUUUUCGAAAUCGUUCGUAUCCAACAUUGAUUAACAUCUUUCGUUUCUUUCAUCUUUCGUUUAGUUGUAAAUUUUUUUUUUUAUUUUAUUCCAAGUCAAAUUUAACGAUCGUACACAAAUUACGCGUACGUAACGAUUUUAUUAUUUUUAUUAUUAUUAAUUAUCAUGUCGCAAGAAGAUUCGUUAAUCGAAUUUUUGUAAAUCAAUAGUGUAAACGUAUAAAUAGUUUCUAUGAUGCGAUUAAUAAAUCCUAUUUUGCUUUAGAGAAUAUUACAAAAUGUUUUAAGAUCGAAUCGUAAAAGGAAGAAAACACGCACGCAAUCACGUAUUAUACAUUUACACAUAUACAUACACAAACAUAUACUCAUAUAUAUAUAUAUACAUCACAUAUAAAUGGGCGUAUAUGCGCGAGCAAGAAAAACACGACGACCAUAAACGUCGUACAUACAUAAGAUUAAUUAAAUCUUGCCAGUGUUAAUGCGUAGAUCGUGCUAACGUGAUCCACGAUCCGCGACGCUUACGUAACGUCGACGAAGCUAGUUUCAUCCGGAAGUAGAAGGACCACUUCGAGCGUGAACUCGGAAACGAUCGAUUUUCUUAACCUUAUCUAGCUCUGCUCUUUUUCGUUUCGACAAAUAAAAUAUCCGAUCGAAAUCUACGAAGCAAGAAGUCCGGAUAUGUGCGAACUGAUGGCGGCUACCCGGUGACCGAGAAACGCGAUUGCAACGCGUGCAACGAACGAAUCGAAAAAACGCUUGAAGAAAUAAAGAGAGAUAGAGAUACAUAGAUACAUAACUAGAUAGAUAGAUAGAUAGAUAGAUAGAUAGAUAGGAAUAGUUAUAGAGAUAGAGAGAAGUGAGAAAAAAGAGAGAGAAAAAGAGAGAGAGAAGAAAAGAAGGAAGAAAGAAGGUGGGCGAACGAUAAGAGGAACAACGUGUGAAAAAUGGCUUUAAUAGCUCCAAGAAACAGCUCUCCAGUUGUACGCGACAAGGAGAAUAUUCCGGCCUACGAUAUAAAGCUUGAACGAGUCCUGGGUGUAACCGUAUCAAGCAAUGCAGCUCUGGAUUGCGACGCUACGAGCGAGUUGGUCGCCUAUCCUGCCGGGUGUACCGUCGUACUCUUCAAUCCUCGAAGGAAUACGCAAGCGCACGUGCUCAAUGCUUGCCGGAAGACCGUGACUUCUUUGGCUCUUGCCGGAGACGGAAGACUUUUGGCUACCGGCGAAUGCGGACACAUGCCGAAUGUUCGGGUCUGGGAUAUAUCCGAUCCGCACAAUGCGGUACAAAUUGCCGAAUUUUCCGGGCACAAGUAUGGCAUCAAUUGUGUGGCUUUCUCACCAAGCAACAAGUAUGUGGUUUCGGUCGGUUCUCAGCACGACAUGAUAGUAAACGUUUGGGAUUGGAAGAAUAACGUCAAGGUUGCUUCUAACAAAGUCUCGAGCAAAGUCAAGGCAGUGUGUUUCGCUGAAAAUGGUAAUUAUUUCGUCACCGUAGGCAACCGACACGUGAAGUUUUGGUACCUGGAAUAUUCGCGUAGUGCCAAGUACAAGGAACCCGUGCCUUUGAUGGGCCGAUCAGCUAUAUUAGGUGUUCAACGAAACAACGAUUUCGUCGAUGUAGCCUGCGGCAGAGGAGAAAUGGCGGAUUCGACAUACGCCAUUACAAAAACCGGUCUCCUAUGCGAAUUCAAUAAUCGAAGGCUCUUGGACAAAUGGGUCGAGCUUCGGACGAGCAGCGCGAAUUGCAUGGCGGUUGGUGAUAAAUAUAUUUUUAUUGGUUGUGCCGAGGGUAUCGUCAGGUGUUUCAGUCCCAAUACGCUGGAGUUUAUCACGACUUUACCCAGAACACAUUAUUUAGGAGUUGACGUAGCCCAGGGAUUGUCGAUAAGUCAUAUGUCUCAGCACCCAGCUAACGCAAGGUAUCCGGAUGCUAUAGCAUUAGCUUUCGACGAACGUAACAAUAAAUUAACAUGCGUCUACAACGAUCAUAGUAUUUAUGUUUGGGAUGUAAGGGAUAUAAGGAGGGUUGGUAAAUCCCAUUCUUUUCUCUAUCAUUCCGCAUGCAUAUGGGGUGUUGAGAUGUAUCCAACAGGAACGGACUCGAUAGGAUCUAUGCCGGCUGGUAGUUUUAUCACUUGUUCCAGCGACGAUACCAUUCGCGUUUGGAAUCUGGAGAAAGAUGUAUUCUCGAAUGAUACAUUGUACAAAAGGAACAUAUAUAGUAGCGAAUUGUUAAAAGUCCUUUACGUGGAUCCAGAAUUAACGUAUCUUAAGGAUUUGGAUUUAGCUGCUGCCGGAUCGACCGAAAAAAGUGAUGCUUCUUACGACGGUCGUAAUGGCGUAAGAUCGAUAAGAGUCAGUCCUGAUGGAAAACAUCUUGCGUCUGGCGAUAGAUCGGGAAAUAUACGUAUCCAUGACGUUUCCACCCUGGAAGAAUUGUGUUUAAUAGAGGCUCACGACGCGGAAGUACUUUGUCUCGAAUAUUCGAGGUUUUCGCAAUAUUCUGUUGAAACGCCAAGACUUUUGGCAAGUGCUUCGAGGGAUCGAUUAAUUCAUGUAUUCAGCGUCGAUCAGGAUUACAAUUUUUCACAAACCUUGGACGAUCAUAGCUCGUCGAUUACCGCCGUGAGAUUUUUUAAUCAAACUAAUCAAAGUAAUCAGCUACAAAUGGUGUCUUGCGGGGCUGACAAGAGUAUCAUCUUUAGGCAAUUGCAAUCCACACCAGGCGGAAUGCCACAAUUCGCCAGAGGUCAUAACGCUCAGGGAAAGACAACGUUAUACGAUAUGGAAGUGGAUUCUGGACAAAAACAUGUUUUAACUGCCUGCCAAGAUAGAAAUAUUAGGGUUUAUAAUGUAACUACCGGGAAGCACAGUAAAACGUUCAAAGGAUCCGUCGGCGAAGAUGGAUCCCUCAUUAAAGUUGUCUUAGAUUCGUCAGGAAUUUACGUAGCUACCUCAUGUACAGACAAGACAUUAUGUGUUUACGAUUAUUAUAGUGGUGAAUGUAUGGCAACCAUGCUCGGUCAUUCAGAAUUAGUGACGGGAUUGCGUUUUAGCUCGGACUGUCGUCACCUCGUUUCUGCGAGUGGUGACGGUUGCAUAUUUGUUUGGCGUGUGCCUCAUGAUAUGGUUGUGACGAUGCAAGCGCGUCUCGCUCAACAGGCAAUGCGUGCUGGAAAAAGGCCACCACAAGUCAAUGGCAGUGGAAUUGAAAUACAGUUAGAUAAUGAAACGUUUGGAUCACCGCCACCAGAAUUUCUUGAUCCAAACGCAAAUCCUGCCCCUCAAAAUGUUGGUGUCGAUUAUAGAUUUAGCGUUGGUCAAUUACCUCUCUGGGCGAAGAAACAAAUUAAUACGACGACCGUCGAAGAAACAACGACGGUUGGUUCGACCGUUCGACCACUUAGCGUAGAUUUACCGAAAGGAAGAUGGGCGCAAAGGGUACAACAAGGUGAUGGUAUUACCGUCAAAUCCGUUUACGAUAGCGAUGAGGUCAUACCCUUUCCUCCUCCUCGUGGAAGCGUCGAUUCUGAUGGAGGUGGAGGAGGUGGUGGUUCAAAGGACAGUUCUAUCGACAGCGGUACCGAAACCAAAUGCAGUAGCGAUUAUCGUCGUGAUACUAUCAUUCUCAAAAGGGAAGAGGAAGAAAGUGUAUUUCAACCAUGUCCAGAUAGUUACAGAGAAUUAACCAAUGAAACAAAACAGGUGAUCGGUGGUAACGUGACGAUUGCUAGAGGUAACAAUAUCACGGAAGUGACACGUCAAUCAAGAAGUCGUCAUCACACUGAUGAUAGCAGUCUUGGGAGUUUUAAAUUCGAGGAUCAUGAAAGUACGGAACAUGAUGGUGACGUAGAAGAUUAUUCCGAGGGAGAAAAUGGUACGACUGGUUCAGAGAAAUCACAUCAUAGAUUAAUGUAUUAUCCACCACAGGAGGAUACUGUAUCGAAUCAGUUUACAGUAAAUGCGAUGGACGUUGAAGAACUUCGAAGAUCUCAAAGGCGGCAGAAAAAGCCAAGAAAUACAGAAAGUGGACGAACGAGCGAAUUAACUGCAUCCGGUAGCCAAGAUGAUUCUGAUUCGGAAGGUGGAGCGUCAACGCCAAGUGCCGAAAGAAAUCCAUUAUCAAUGUUAUCAGAAGCAAGCUCGGAGGGUUUCGAUCAAAUUACGAAACAAAGUCAUCGCGAGAAAUAUUUAAAAAAUGCAUUCGAGUCUCUUAGCGGCGCCGAAGAACCAACAAAUCGUGUAAAAACAACCAGUAUUAGUUCUCAAUUUCAUGGAAGGGUAAAUAAUGGUUCAGAAAGUAACAAUAGCAACAAAGUACGUAAUGCAGCGGUAGUAAAUGCAACGAAACAUGCCAGGGGUGAUGCGGAUAUUGUUAAGAAACGAGAGGAAUUACAAAGAAGAAUAGAAGAGACCAGAAGAAAGCUGCAAAGCGUCGGGUACAGAUCAUCCUUAAAAAGCAGCCAGAGCAUUUCUGAUUUAAGCAGCCAUAUACCAGAGAAACAUCAUCGUUCAAGUAGACUUAACACAGGUAACAAAUUGGGUGAACAAAACAAAUUUUCAAAGCCAAUUAAUCCUUGCAAACCUAUGCCAAAUCCAAAACCCGCGUUUAAACCGCAACAACUCAUUAACAAAGUCCAAGGUGUUGGGAAUGCUUUGUCUAAAUCAGAUAUGUCAAAUGAACAGUGCAGCUUAAAUAAUGAUAAUAAUAAAACAACAUCGUGUGUAAGUGAAAAGACAAUACCAUCUCUUAACCGUCCACUAACACUUACAUUAAAGAAAACUGAAAAGUAUAAGCUGUCAUUGAAUAAGCCCAAUCAAUCAUUACCCGAAUCUCCUGUAUGCGAGGAAUUAAAACUGUUGAAGGAACAUUGUAAGAAAAACGUUAGUCGUUUCGCAAGAUUUGCACAAAAGAGAAGAUCCUGUAGUUAUUUUAUCGGUCUCGACGAUAACGAGGAAGAAAUGGAAAAUCUGGCAAAGUCGUUUGAGAGUUUGCCAGCAAUGAACGAACGUAAUAUUGAAAAUUUGAAGCAAACGAUUGACGACGGUGACGAUGGUAAUGGAAAUUUCAGCGAUGAUUCAUUGGAAGGCGAUUUCAAAAAUCCACCGCGACGUUGCGUUAGCGAUUAUCAAAUUAACAUACAUAUGGACAGUAGUAGUCAUGUAGAUAAUAAAAGUUAUCCAAAUUAUCAGGCUUAUCAAAGGAGAAUUUUAACAGGUUCGCAAGAAAGUAUAUUGUCGGAUGCUUCGGUCGAAUCAUUUUCAAAAGGUAGCGCCGAAAUAUUGGAUUGUAAUAACUACGAUCAUGACAGGCACUCCAGCGCAAGUUUUUUCUUAUCGAAACGUAAAACACAAGUUGGAAGAAGUCAGGAGAGCAUAUUAACUGACGAAUCGGAUUAUCAAAUGUUUCCAUUACAGAAGAACGUUGAUCAUAGAAGUACAGAAAGCGUUUUAACGGAUGACUCGGAUUCGUUGGUUAAAUCGGCACCGUUAGAAAUGUUAUUUGAUUCACAUUACAAAAGAAAACGACAAAAUUCCGAAACGUACAGUGGAAAUCCUAACAACGAAAUCGAAACUACAAACAAUACACAAACAUCAACGGAUGAUACCACUUUGUGCAGGGCUGUAUUUAGAUCAAAAUCCCUUCAAGAUACAAGAAUGUGUAAAGCUAAAAAUGAUAUUAAUUUUAGCGAGGAUAACGCCCAACCAGCUACGUGUAUAUAUUAUGAAUUCAAUUUUGAUAAUGAUAAUGAAAAAAAUUCGGAUAUUAGAAUAAUGGCCAAUUCCGAUACAAUAUCAAGAAGCAACAGUUUAAAAGUAUCAAAGGAGCCACAUUCAAUGUUGAUAUUAAACGACUUCGUGGCGCAUAAACCACCAAAACCAAAGAGAAAUUCAUCGCGUACCCAAAGUAUGCGUAACAGAGCAAGACCAGCAUGGAAUAAAUAUAACAUGGACUCGUCAUCGUCACAAUCGACAAUACAAAACAUCGAACCGAUUAAUUAUUCCGCGACUUUACCGGCCAACUUAUCUCAUUUAAGUUAUAAAACAAGGAACGACGAGGAUUCUUCUAAACAAAAUCGAAAGGACGGCGAUGCCAAUUCAAAAAGAUUCGAAGAAUUUUUACAAUCCGCUAAAUAUUCAUUGCAAGCUACGAACGACGAAACGAAUGAUAGAAAUAUAUUUUUCAAUCAACAAACGCGUUUAACAGAUAAGAAGAUAAACAUAGGAGGAAUACCACCGUACAAUCCUGAAAAUACUUUGGAUAGAUACAAACGACAGAAUGUUAAUGAAUCUUCUCGUAUAAUGUCCAACGAGGAAGAUAAUGCCAGUCACGAAAGGGACAACAUAUGUUCUUUUGAAAAUCAAAUACCAACGAAGGAUACAAUGGAAACUUAUGACUCUUUAGAACCCAAUGUUACAUCAUCUAUCGAUUUACAUGGAACCCAACUCGAAUCAAACAAUUCCAAUUUACAAUCAACGAACGCGCGCAUUGAUAAUUUGGAUGCUAGCGUUGACGUUAGGAUAACACGUGCCAUAGAAGGAACCGUUAAAUUAUUAUCCAAAGAGUUUGAGAAUUUAGUUAGAAGGGAACAAUACUUUAUGAAGGAAAAAUGUUUGCGUUUAACUCAUUGUCCCGAAACAAGUGAAAACUUUGCCAAGCUUGAGGCCGAACGUGACAGUAGAUAUUGCACUAUUAGACGUGACAUACGUAUUCAUUCCGGUGGCGAGGAUAGCGAUUGCGCCGAUAUAUCAACGAUGGAUAAAUCAUUGAUGGAAAGUGGUUCCUCUACGUCAGCAUCGAGUUGCACGAAUUCCCCUAAACGGAUGUGGCCACCUGCAUCACGAUGUCAGAGUCACAUGAAGUGGACAAAAACUUUACCCACUAUUAAUCAAGCAACUAUUCCCACGAAACAUCUUUAUGCAGUUGGCAGUAAUGGGGGGCGAAUCUCGUCAAAAGUUAUUGACAGUGAAGAAGAGGGGAGUGGCAUGAGACGUGCCUGUUCAUUAAGUGAUCUUUCUGUCAGCCCAUCAAAUAGAUUACUGCAUGGUCCUGUACAAGUUUCAGGAAAAGUAAAUACUAAAAAUAUUAGUACAUCGUCAAGAGGUAAUUCUGGGAAUAUAAAUAUUGGCAAUCAGUUAAGACAUUCAACCACGAAAAAUCAUUCAAAUCACAUGACAAGAAGUAGUAGCGUCGGUGUAUUAAAUCAGAGUGAUUCAGAAUCUGAUGCUGGUGUAUCAGUAGGAGGAAGAGGAUGGAACAAUCAAUCUGGAAAUAAUAGAAUGAGCGGCUUAAUGAGGCCAACGAUUAGUUCACAAAAUAAAAUCAAUCAUCAGAUUAAAUCAAAUUCCUCAUCAAGUAAUAAUCUUCCUUCUAUUCUAAGGCGACGGGGUAUGCAGGGAGCUUACUCUAGCGUAAAUCUAAGUCAAGUUGGUAAUCAAGAAGAUUCAAGUUCAGAAGAUACUUCAUCUAAUGGAAAUGGUGUCAAGCCAGCUCUACCUCCAAGACCUAGAAGUAUCAGUAUCGAUCAUUCCUCAGCCAGUUUAUGCCUUCCUGGUACUGCCGUUAGAAGAUCUGGGUCAUCUGGUCUAAUAACAAAUGGUCGAGGCAGUGGAAACAUAAUUGGUCAAAGUGGUGCAAGAUUAUCAGUACCAAACAGAAAUCAAUUAGAACCAAGCCCUCAAGAAUUACCUGUUAAAGAUACAGACCGUGCCAUUGAUGUAGCCAGUGCCGAAUUAGGCACGGAUAAAGCAUUAGUGUCAACUCAACUGUGCAAUACAAUUGCGGAUGAGCUUACGCGAACAGCAGAUAACGUUGUACAACUGUACAAACGUUUAACUAUAGACAAUGAGGAUGAUCCAUCAAGAACGACCAUCGAUAGGGAUACAAUGUUACGUGGUCUAGAAUCUUCUGUCAAUGAAACAAUGCGUACAUUACGACUAGUUGUGGCAGGCGUUGAAAAUCAUAACGAUGAAACUAGUAAUAAUGUUGCCCCGAACGAAGUUACCGCAAAGUUUCAAGAAUUACUUGCAGGCCAAGAUCAAGGGAAGGUAGUGAACAUGAUGCAACAAUAUUCAGAAUUACUCUUAAAUAUGAUGCAACAAAGGAUGGGAGGGACACAAUCGAGCCAUACAUAAAAAAAAGAAGAAAAGAAAAUCCGUCCAUCUGAUGAUAAAUUGGAUUAAUAUGCAAAUGGAUAACGUAUUCAUGUUCAAAGCACGUACGUUUGUGAUGAGUGAAUAAGUAUUUUCUCGGCGAUAAUAAUAAUAAUAAUAAUAAUAUUAGAUCACAUUCCUAAGUGCAGGAUAUGGAUAUUUUGUUUUGUUUUUCUAAAGGAAAGGAAAAAUAUAAGAAAGAGAAAGUGAAAAUGAAAAUGAAAAUGAAAAUGAAUAAAUAAAAGAGAGGGACUUCGGUAUUUCAGUUGCCAAGAUCCUAAGUGCAUAUCGUAAGCACGCAUAUGUUCCUUUUCAAUUUGUCAUAGUAGUACAUUGCAUUCUUUGUGAGUACUUUUUGAAUGAAUUUAAUAUAAACUUAGUUCUUAAAAAGCAGAUUGAACUGUCAGCAAUGGAGCCUUGUGACUUGAUAGGAAUUAUAACAUGUAUUACUAACUGCUGAACAGUAUCAUUAGAAAAAAAAGAAAAAAAAAUAAGAAGGAAAAGAAAAAAAAAGAAAAGGAAAAAGGAAGAAAAAAAGAACUUCAUAGCACAAAAUAUAUUAUUUUUGACUAAUUCUUAAGCACUAUAAUGGUUCGCACUUGGAGAUGAGGAAAUCUUCAACGUCGUUCAAUGUAGUACUUGUUAUUAAUCAAUACAAUUUGAUGAUAAAUAUGCUGAGGAAGGAACGUGUGAAAAUAAUCGGAUAAACUCCAAGUAAUGUCAUAUGGUAUAACUUUAGGACAUUUAUUUAUCCUAUUUAUAAAAUCAAAUGUGUCGAAUUUGUGCGUAUUUUAUCUUGAGGCCAUAUGCCGGGAAAUGCCAAUUAACUAAAGACUAUUAGUAUAGUAUCCACAACAAACAUACAUAUAUGUAUAUUUAUCAAAUAUUGAAUGGUAUUAUAACGUAAUAUUAGUAUUCUUGUUAUGUAACCAAAGGGGUUGUCUGUACCUAUGGUAAAAAGGGAAAUUCUUUUCCCCUCCUAAAUGUUUAAAAAGCUUUUAGACAGUCCAUUAAUAAAAAAAAAAAAAAUUAUAAUAUACAGUAUAUAAACUUG